AAAGCAUAUAUUUAUCUGUUUUUAAUUUAGGGAACAUUCAGGAACGAAAGCAUCGGCACAGCUGUGUGGCCAUUUGUCUCGGGUUCCUAUGCACUCUCCUUUUGGCUGGAAAUAUUGGACAGGUUGUCUACUACAAGAUGAACCGUCUUUCAUCAACGGAUGCACCACGUGCCAACCACAAUGCUCUGAAUCAGAAUCGAAAGGACAUCCUGAAUGGGGAAGACAGCCGAUUGCGGAGUCAAAAUGUUGCCUUAUCUGUAGAGAAGCAACGGUUAGAGGUCCUCCUUAGGAACCUGACUGAACACAACCAGCAGUUACAGCAAAGUUACAAAUCCCUGACAGCCGAAAGAGACAAGCUGGUGGCCAGACUACAAACACAACGUUCCCCUGAUGCAGAGAGAGCUCGAUCAGAAAGCAACUGCUCUUUACUGAGGAGGGAGACGGCUCAGCUCCAGGAAAGCCUCGAAACGCUGAACAAAAGCAAAAUUCAAACUGAGACAAACUACAGUUUACUUUGGAAAAACAAAGAGUUAUUGCAAGCGAGCUUUAAUGACCUGAGAAAGGAAAACAAGGAUUUACAGGCAAGAUGCAAAAAUAUGACCAACUCCACAGACAUGUUCAAGACCAUCGACAAGAUGACUGAAAAACGAAACGAGUUGCUCUGUCCAACUCACUGGAGAGUCUUUGAAGCAAAGUGUUAUUUUGUUUCAACGGCAAAGAAGAACUGGACUGAAAGCAGAAGAGCCUGCAUCGCUGAGGGGGCGGAUCUGUUGAUUAUAAAUAGUGAUGAAGAACAGAAGUUUGCUAACGGGAUGCUGGGCAAAGAGCAAAACGCCUGGAUUGGUCUCACGGACAGUCUUACAGAGGGAGUUUGGACGUGGGUGGAUGGGACCCCAGUCACCACAACAUACUGGGGAACUGGGCAGCCCAACAGCCACGGCGGAGAUCAGGACUGUGGAGAGUUGGUGCAGACUGAACUGAACGGAGGGUGGAACGAUGAUGGCUGCUUUGCACAACAGUUAUGGAUCUGUGAGAAAUAAAACCGUUAGGGUCAAACCAACCCUUAUAUGUUUGGGGAGAUUAUAUGAAUAUUAUAUAUUAAAUUAAGCCGCUUGAACUGAAGUAAAACAACACACUUAUAUUUUGUGGCUCAGUGGGUACAGUUUGCGUCAAACAUCUACAUUUGUAAGAUUUUGCUGUGAUAAAAUAUAUACAACAAAUUUAGAAGCUCAGGUUUUCCAGUAUUUCUUUGCUUGGUGGUUAAACAAUACUUGUGCAUUAUGUUGAAUCUGUGUUUCUGUCUUGCUGUUUUUAUUUGUUGGGUUUUCAUUGUCAUGACCAUUUUUUAUCUCCACUUUUGCUGACCUGUUGGGAUACCACAAAGCUCUAUUCUUGGACCAGUAUACCUUUCCCCGUACUCGCUGCCAUUUGGAGCAAAGUUAUUAAUCUCAGAAAGAAUACAACAAAGCGCUCUUUUGUCUUAGUAAUGAGUUGUUCAACAUGUUUAUCCUUGUGUCCAUAUUGUUAACGCUUUCACAACAUAUUU